AUGUACUCUGCCAAACAACUCUCCCUCCUGGCGCUGGUUCUUGCCCAGCUGUUGGGUGCCAUCCAUUGUGGCAUUUAUGACAACACGGAUAGCUGGAUUCUUUCUGAUAAGACGAAGAACUUCCCUGAAAACGCUGUUCUGGGUGGAUUCGAUUCUAACGGCUAUGAGAACUUUGUUGGUCGCGUAGUUUCCGGUGCCAACAUCCUGCCAGCCCGUGUUGUUGCCGAAACGGGAGUUGCAUCCUUCAACACCGAGUCGGUUAGCAACACAGCCACUUCCUACGAAUUGUUGGUGUCCAACGCGACCGUUAGCUAUCAAUGGGUGCGCAGCUACGAUGGCUACAGGGAGAAGAAUGCCGUCUCAGUAGGCACAAACUCUACCAACGAUCGCGUCUACAUUUGCCGCUUCAGAGAAUUCUGCAUCAAAGAAUUCUGCAUCACUUCUCAAAUGUGCACGUAA